AUGCUAGUAGGAGUUUUUGUCAAUGCUUUGAUCCUGCUCUGUAUGUAUUGGAAGUUGUUAUCUGUUCAUAAGGAUGAAGAAGAUGCAACUAUGGAAGUGGUUGCUGAAGAAGACGUAACCUCACAUCGUUUUUCUCCAGCAAAAUUGUCUCACCACACAUCUUUAAAUUCUCAAGAAUUCCAUUCCGGACUGGAAUCUAUAAAUAUUUACAGCUCUUCUAAUCCCAAUGGUUCUACAAAUCAUAAUGAGACUAUUAGAAACCGAGGGACUUUGAUUGAGAGUGAUAAUAUUCAUCUCUCUCCUAAUGUAAAUAGUUAUACGAAUCAUGUUGAGACACUUGGGAAUGGUGGCAAUCCAACUGAAGGUGAAAUCCGUAAUGUCCUGUGUUUGCAAUCUGAAUCCGUUAGGCAUUCAAAUCCUUCGAAAGAAAUUGCAAAUGAUGGAUUUAUGUCUUCAAAAUCUAUUCCAUCUUUGAACGGUAGUGAACACGGAAACUCUGCAUCACUGAAAAAAUGGAAAAGAAUUUUGUGGAAGACGUGUGUUUACCUUGUUACCAUAGGAAUGCUAGUUUCUUUGCUGGUCGGUCUAAAUAUGUCCUGGACUGUAAUCACAGCUGCACUUGCCAUAGUUGUUCUUGAUUUUAAAGAUGCCGAGCCGUGUUUAGAAAAGGUAUCCUAUUCGCUCUUGAUAUUCUUUUGCGGAAUGUUUAUUACAGUCGAUGGCUUCAACAGAACUGGAAUUCCGAGCACUGUGUGGGAUUUCAUGGAGCCUUAUGCAAAGAUAGAUCAUAUUGGGGGAAUGGUAGUUUUAGCUGUUGUCAUAAUCGUGCUCUCAAAUUUGGCGUCAAAUGUACCUACAGCCGAGAGUGACACUCAGUUCUUCUUCCAGUUCCUCCUAGCCGCCCAACUCCCUGCAACAUGUGGAGGCCUCUCUCGUCGGCGAUUGCCAUCUUGGUAG